UGUCUUUAUUUCUAGAGAAAUAAAGCAUGUGUUACCAAAAUCGACUUGUAUAUUAAACUCAAAUGAUAUAAGAAUGUACAACCUUGAAUGUAAAUAAACAGAAUGUCAGAUUCUAGCCGACGUGUUUCGCUGUUUUGGAUAACACCGUGGUGGGAGAAUGAACAGUGAAAUGCCUUCGUUGGAACUUGUCAGUAUUAACUUUCUAAUCGCGGCGAUCGGUCCUGAUAAGAUAUUCGCGGUGAUUUAGUAUCAUUUCUGUGUACAACGGGAGCGUAAUGUCAUACGAAACUUUGAAGGAACGAUUGACCGCUCACGGUCAAGAGCAUCUUAUCAAAUACUGGCCGGAACUAAACGAAAAUGAGCGGCAACAAUUGGCGGGAGAAAUCGGUAAACUGGACAUGGCGGAAAUGAAUAAAAUAUUCCAACGAGCUAUGGAUAGCACUAAAGUGAUUCAAGAGAAGACUGAUGAUGAUUUGAAGCCGAUACCUGAAUCGCACUAUGAGUCCGUGCCCGGUUUGACGAAGGAAAAAAUUCAAGAGUACGAAAACAUUGGUUUUCAAGAGAUUUCAGAAGGUAAAGUUGGUGUUUUGUUAUUAGCCGGUGGUCAAGCGACUAGACUUGGGUUCGGUCAUCCUAAAGGAAUGUAUAACGUUGGUUUACCAUCAAAGAAGACUUUAUUCCAAAUACAAGCUGAGAGAAUAUUACGAGUACAGAAUAUGGCUGCAGAAAAUACAGGAAAAGAGGGUAAAAUAACAUGGUACAUAAUGACAUCAGAACACACUAUGGGACCUACUGCAGAUUACUUCAAAAAUCAUUCCUAUUUCGGUUUGAAUGAGGAAAAUAUUAAAUUCUUCGAGCAAGGUACAUUACCUUGCUUUGAUUUCGAUGGGAAAAUAUUUCUGGACAAGAAAUACCAUGUUUCUUCAACUCCAGAUGGUAAUGGUGGGUUAUACCGUGCUUUAAAAACUCAAGGUGUGUUGGAAGAUAUAAAACGAAGAGGUGUUCAGCACUUACAUGCCCAUUCAGUCGAUAAUAUACUUACCAAAGUUGCCGAUCCCGUCUUAAUAGGAUAUUGUAAGAGUAAGAAUGCCGAUUGUGCUGCCAAAGUUGUAUCAAAAUCAUCUCCGAGUGAAGCUGUCGGUGUUGUUUGUAGAGUGAAUGGUCAUUACAAAGUUGUAGAAUAUUCUGAAUUGACAGAUGAGGCAGCUGAAAGAAGGAAUCCAGACGGCCGACUUACCUUCCGGGCAGGGAAUAUCUGCAACCAUUACUUCUCAUCUGAGUUCCUAACAAAGAUAUGUGAUUACGAAACGAAAUUGAAACUGCACGUUGCUAAGAAAAAGAUACCUUAUGUUGAUGAAAACGGUAUCCGUCAAACUCCCUCUGAACCGAACGGUAUUAAACUGGAGAAGUUCAUCUUUGAUGUGUUUGAAUUCGCUGAGAAGUUUAUUUGUCUAGAAGUCGCUAGGGAUGUCGAGUUUUCUGCUCUCAAAAAUUCGGAUGCUGCUAAAAAAGACUGCCCGUCUACUGCCAAGGAGGAUUUACUGCGUUUACAUAGAAAAUAUAUAAAAGGAGCUGGUGGUAUUAUUCAAGAUAAUAUUGAUAUUGAGAUUUCACCGUUACUGUCGUACGGUGGUGAAAAUCUCGAAGAUUUAGUGAAAAAUGAAGUAUUCACUAUAUCACCAUUCCACUUAAAGAGUAUUUAUGAAUCUACCACCAAUGGUGUAAAUGGGAAUCACUGAAAUUAUAAAACUAUAGACAUGUGCAAAUCAGUUCAAAUAGCUUUGAGCUGUGGCUCAACAACUGUAAGGCUCAUGGCUCACCACUCAAAUAACUAAUAUUAAUGUGAAAGUUUAGAUGAUUGUUUGUUAUUUUGUAGCCUAAACUACUGAACAGAUCUUGGU